AUGAUCUUCACAUUCCACCUGAAGUCCUGCCUUCCCUCUGCCUUAAGGAGUUUGAUUCUACAAAAGAAACCAAACACCAGAAACAUGUCCAACAUGAACUGGGACCUGGGACCCGCCAGUGUGGUGGUCCUGCCCAGGCCCCUUGCUCUGGCCUUUGAAAAGUUCUGCCAAGCCAACAGUGGCCCUCUGCUGCUGCUGUGCCAAAGCGAGCCAGACAAGUGGACAUUGCCCACCCUGGCCCAUUCUAGGCACCAGGGAAAACACCUGAGUUUCAGGGUUAAAGCUUGGGAGUGGCCAGAUGCUGUAGCCAGCGUGUACACGGGUAGCCUGCCCUCGCUGGAGGAGUCCUCGGAGCAGCUGAAGGACAUGGUGACCUUCCUCCUGGGUGACAGCUUCUCCCUGGGAGCGGAGGGGCUCCCCACAUACAAGAUGCAGAAACGGAGGCUCGAGAGAGAAAGGAACUUGCCCAAAUCCCAAAGCCAGGCUGGAACCCAGGACUCCUGGCACCCAUCUGCAAAAUGCCCAGAGUGGAGGUGUGACGAUUACCAAGAUGCUUGGCACAGAGGUGUCCAUCGCUACCCACAGGAAACAGCUGUGUCUUGUGCCAUCAUCACUGGCUUUUGCUGCCCUCUUGUGAUCACAAUGAUGCCCGCUCCCAAGGACAAGCUGGGAAGGCUGGUGCAGGCCACUUGGUCCAUGGGGGGUGAGCAAGGACAACCCAUUCACAGUGGCCACCCAGAACUGCUGGGCAUCAAAGAUCUUUCCAAACCUGACUACGGGGAGGUUGUGGUGUGUCAGUCUGGGCUUGUUCCAGUGUUCUGGCCUUCUCUGCUGACCAGUCUUGAAGCUGUCGGCAGCUGCAGACCCCACUGGCUUUCACCCGCGCGCCAGGGUUGCACAGUUACGACCUACCUGAAGGGUACAGCAACUCCAGCCAGACGUCCCACCCCCGAGGGAAUUCCAGAGAUCCAUCACAUUUCCCAGGAUCCUUUGCACCACAGCAUGGCAUCAGCUUCAGCCAUUCAGAGGAUCAGCGAACUGAAGGUGAUAAGUGCCAUCGACCCAGGUAACAAACCAGUCACACUUGCAGACAUAGAGAACAGACCUGUGGACACAGACAGGGAAGGAGAAUGUGGGACAAAAUUGAGCGAAUACGUGCUUGAUGGUGAUGAGGGCCCUGUGGAGAGCAGAGUGGUGAAGCCAGCUGGGGAAUUUGAUCGUCCGGGCCAGGCUCCCAGGACCCAGGCAGAGCCGACCAUGGUGGUGUCGACCCUAUGGACUGUAGCCUGCCAGGCUCCUCUGUCCAUGAGGAUUCUCCAGGCAGUGGGGAGAUUGGUGAGCCAUCCAGGUGAGCUGCUGCGGACCUCCCAGGCAUGGUCCCACGUCCAUUCUGUGCUCCUCACCACCGCCUUCCUGCAGGCCUUGGAGAAGCGGGCCUCCAUGGUCGUCAACCAGAGAGCCUUGAGUUUGCACAAGAAGCUUGUUGAUGAGGCUGCCGAGCAGGGCGUUCUAAAGAGGUCGAUCCAAAUAUUAACUUACCAGGGCAGAUCAGUAGGAGAUGCUCAGGCGUUUCUGUGCAGAGACAGGGACCCCAAGUCACCCAGGUUUGACCAUCUGGUGGCUUUUGAGCACGUGGAAAGGGCUGACUACUACAAUGCGAGGAAGAGGAACGUUGAGCACUUGGGGGACCCUAUUGAUGACCUUUUCCUUAGUGCACACAAGAUUCCUGGAAUCUCGUCAACUGGAGUUGGUGACAAAGACAACAAGCUUGGGAUGGACAAAGUCAAGGAGGCCAUGAAGAGGUACAUACGAAAUGGGGACAUCCUCACCUGUGACAUGGAGGCUGACUUUGCAGUCAUCGCGGCUAAGUGCUCAGAUGGUGACUCUAACUGGGGAGGUGAUUAUGCCUACCUGUACUUCCUCAGCUUGUGUGGGGUCCACAGGCGUUACCUGAGGAAAGUGACCGGGCCCUUCAGACCACCUGGGGAACAGAACUGGACCCAGGCCCUCCCAUCUGUCACUAAGGAAGAAAAACUGCUGGGCCUUCUGGUGCAGCAUGGAGUCUGGAACAGACUCUCAGGCACCCUGGGCACAGAGGUGUAGAGGCUGCUCUUCCAUGGCACUCAUGCCCAGAUGACCCAGAAACUGAUGGGCAUCACCCUGCCGUAA